UACGAGAAACUCGAAAAGUGGUAUGGCGGACUCCGUGAUCCCACUAUUGAGGACAUGAUCAAGUGGCAGGCGGCAAAGUUUAAGGAAGAGACCCGAAAGAAGAGACUGCUCAACAGAAAGAACCUCAACGAAAACCAGGACGAGUCGGUGGAUAAUCAGCUGUUCUGCUCUGAAGAUGAAGGGGAGGCUCCUGGAGCUUCUGCAAAAUCUCAGGAUGAGGGCGAAGGCGACCAGCCUGCAAGUGACGAGCUUCCUACCUCGACUCAACCUGUGAACAAAGAUCAGCCCACCAAUAAAAGACGAAAGGCCAACAGAAUCUCUGCUGAGGAAAGGAGAGGCAGUCUACAACUAGGAUCAAAAGCAAACGAUGUGGACUUCGGGUCAUUAUUCCAAACGGAUAUAAUCGCAGAUGCGCAUGAGAAUUCGAGAUUACCGGUCCAUACCUUUACUAAGAAGAACAAAGAUGAUGCUUUGGCGGAGUUAAUCGCUAGUAUCCCUACAGCAGACAGAGAAGACGCAGUUCCCGAUAAACGAUUGGUCAGGGAAGCAACAAGGAAGUUUACACGGCCGGCAAAAAGUGAUGGUGAUGGUGGCUGGAGAAUAAAAGGAAUGGCGACUAGCCUAUACAGUUAUCAAGUCCUGGGAGCAGCUUUCAUGCGUGACAGGGAAAACGGACCUAAGAGACCUCAUGGAGGAUUCCUUUGCGACGUUAUGGGGUUCGGGAAGACUAUACAAAUGCUAGCUAAUAUGGUCGACGGCGUACCCACAGACAGGGAUGAUCCGGCAAGGACGACACUCAUUGUCGUCCCAGCACAUCUUGUUUCACACUGGGCGAGCCAAAUCCAGCGGCAUUGCGAAAAAGGCGCACUGGGGUCCAUUAUCCUUUAUCACGGGAAGUCAAGAAUAGUUUCCCAGGACGCCGUGAAUGACCUCCAGAUGUUUGGUGUCAUAAUCACCACAUAUGACGAAGUCAGGAGAUCUUAUCCAGACUUCAAACCGCCGGACGAGUUGACUACCGAGACCGAAAUUCAAGAGUGGUGGGAGGACGCCUACAAGAAGCACGCUGGUCCUUUGCACCAAAUCAAAUUCAGAAGAAUAGUCCUUGACGAGGGACAUUACAUCAAAAAUCCAGAAUCCAAAGUGUCUAUAGCAGUACGUGCUCUUAUAGGCCAUUAUAAGUGGAUUCUCAGCGGAACUCCCGUACACAAUGGAAACGAGGAGUUCUUUCCUUACCUUGAUUUCUUGAAAGCUCCUCACAUUGGGCGCUAUGAAGUAUUCCUUAACAAAUAUUGCAAUGGAGAUGAGAUGGGCAAUAUGCGUCUAGUAAACAUACUGAAGCCAAUAAUGUUUCGCAGAACGCACUCAGCUCGGCUUUUUGCGAUGCCAAUACUCAAACUUCCUGAUAUAGGCCAGAGAACUGUCGAGAUAGAACUUUGCGAGGCCGAGAACAAGGUUUACCAUUGGAUGAUCAAAAUGUUCAUUGACCGCAUUAACGGACUUUCCGAGCCCAAAAAAGUGGAACGCCAAUAUCGCUGCAUCCUGACGAUGAUUCUUAAAUUGCGCAUGUUCACCAGCCACCUUUUGGCUGUACAGGAUGUCCUCAAGGAGAUUAUAACACAAAAUGUUAUAGACGACCUGAACCUCCUGUUGAAGAAUGGAAGCGACCUAGAGGACCCUUCGGUGAAGAUUGUGAAUAUACUUACUGCUUUGAGAUCGGGAGCCCCUCCAGCUGAACCCCAGAAAGCUCCUGAGCCCAAGGGUCUAUGGGGAGACCAAUCAGCAAAGACCCGUAACAGCCUUAUCACUCAAUUCCGGAAGAUGAUGACAGAUCUCCAUUAUAGUGAAGCCUGGGAUGAACGGUUGGCGCGCACGACCUGCCCUAGCUGCGGAUCUGUACCCGUAGAUGCCUGCGUGACAUCGUGUAUGCAUCUAUAUUGCGAAGAGUGUCUCCUUCAUCUAGGUCAAAGUGCACAGGAACAAGGAAAUACACAGAGGAUCUGCACUAGUUGUGGAGAGGAAAUCCUGGAAACCGCACACUGCGGCUCUGUGGAGGAUCUUAACAUCGACUCGACUUCUCCUUCAUCUCAGCUCAACCAAGGGAACAAAAAGUCACGGCCAACAAAGAACAAGGGCCAGAAGCGAAAAAGGAGCCUUGGACACCAUGAUGAUCCUGAUGAUUCCGAUGAUGAGUUUGACUGGAUCCCUAUUGCGGCUCAUAUCAUGCCCAGCGCAAAAUUAACUGCGAUGACUGAAAUCCUUGCGCAGUGGAUAAAUGAGGAUCCAGAGACAAAGAUAGUUGUCUUCACUCAAUUUCAAGCAGUGAUCCGCAUCAUCAGUGCUAUAUGCCAAAGAGAAGUAUGGGGCUACACGUCUCUGACUGGCAAGAUGUCGAUCCCAGCUCGGGAAAAGGCAAUGACCGAUUUCAGAGAAAGCGAAGAUCUCAGAAUCAUGAUUGCGUCUCUCAAGGCUGGCGGCAUUGGACUGGACUUAACCAUGGCCAACAAAUGCAUCCUCAUCGACCCAUGGUGGAACGAAGCCGUGCAACAGCAGGCGUAUUGCCGACUAUUCCGCAUCGGACAGGAGAGAGAAGUGGAAGUUGUGAAACUCGUCGUGAAAGGGAGUAUCGACGAAUAUAUGAUCGAUCUCCAGAAUAGGAAGUCACUCGAAAUCGACAAGACUAUCGGAGAAGCGGCCCUUUCUGAUAGGCAAGUCUCCUCGCCUUCACUUUGA